AUGUCUAAUCGUAGUGAAUAUACAACUCAUAAACGACAGAAGUCGUCAGCACUGAAUAUUGGCUAUUACAUACCACAAGAGCAACAACAACCAACAACCUCGUCAAAUCGGUCAGAUCAAAGCCAUUCUGGUUAUGCAGCCGAGCAAUAUUCAACAUUUAAACAUACACCAACUUUGCCACCGGUACCUUCAUCAUCAUCAGCCCCACCGUCGGCAACAUCUCACCACACCCAUCUACCUAAUGAUGAUCCGCCGACUUCACAAUCAUUGCAUACUUCACCUUUGAAGAGGACAGCGUCGUCUGAAUUGGACCCUGCAAUGCGGGUAGCCUCCCCUCCAAGUGCAUAUUAUUAUCAACCGACUUCACAUAUAUCUUAUAAUGAUCCUUCUACCUUGCAUCAACAACAAAUACCCCAGCCAUUAUUUUCAACUGGUAAUAUGCCAAUAUCAAGCACUUUUGCAUUUAAUCCAACUCAACCAUUAGCAUCAUCUUCUUCCAAUUACGCGUCUCCGUUCGAAUCCAAUUUAUAUUCAAAUUUCAAACUACCUGAAUUCACAUCCAAUAUGUCAACAUCAUCUGCACCUUCAACUUCAUCAUUGUCUGCCACAGGUGGUAAACAAUCUUAUCUCAUUCCUUCUGGUUCUGCAUCUGCUAACGCGUUGGCCCUAAAGCAACAUCAUCAUCAACAACAACAACAGCAGCAACAGCAACAACAACAUCUGAAGAAUAAUUUGUCGAUAUCAUCCCAUUUCAAUCUAGUUAGCUUACAUUCGCCACAUCCAUCAAUUUCCGCAACAAUUCCAGAAGAAUCAUUAAAGAAACCAAUUCAAUUAAGCACAGGAUCGACUCCCAACUUAGGCAAAGAUUCCAGUACUAUUAUAAAUGAUCUCUUGGUUAAUUUGACUACUGUUGAUGGAUCGAGUAUUAAUAAUUACUUAUUAUCAAUUCUAUAUAAGUUGAAUAUGCCAUUACCAAUUGAUGAUUUUUAUAAUUGUUUAUACAAUCAUGAUAGAUUACGAUCUUUACUUGAUAUAAAUUAUCAAGAGAAACUAGACAAGACUUUGGUAUCGACAUCCAAUAUUGAACUUAGUAUAAAUUCAAUUAAUCAAAUCUUAAAUAUCUUUAAAACUCCAAGUAUAUUAUCAGAAUAUUUUCCUGAUUUAGAUGAAGAAGAAAAUAAAUUAAUGAAUAUAAAUUAUCAUGAAUUAUUAAGAACUUUUUUAGCUAUUAAGAUAUUAUAUGAUAUUUUGAUUCAAUUGCCAUUAUCUGCUCAAGAAGAUCCUCAGAAUUAUACAAUCCCUAGAUUAUCCAUAUACAAAACUUAUUUUAUAAUUUGUCAAAAGCUAAUUUGCAACUAUCCAAGUAAUUCAAAUACAUUAAACGAACAACAGAAAUUGAUAUUAGGUCAAUCUAAACUAGGUAAAUUGAUUAAACUAGUAUAUCCGAACCUAUUGAUUAAAAGAUUGGGAAGUAGAGGUGAAUCCAAAUAUAAUUAUUUAGGUGUGGUAUGGAAUGAAAAUAUAAUUAAUGACAAUAUCAAGAAAUUAUGUGAUGAAAAUGAAUUAAAUGACUUAAAUGAUUUAUUCAGUAGUGAAAACCUCAGACAUUCAAAUAUUUCAAGAAGAGGAAGUCAUAGAAGAACUUCAUCAAAACAUAAAUCCAUAUCAGAUGAUACUUCACUUCUACAACCUACAAUUCAAUCUAUGACCGCUGCUGCUAGACAACCAACACAUAUACCACCUUCCCUUCCACCGCCACCCAUAACUAGAUUCGAGAAUCCAGUUAUCCCACCCAGAUUAUCAUUCGUAACUCCAUUCCUUAAAUUCCCGCCAGUUGAAGAAUUCACGAUAUUGAAUAAAGAAAAUUGGUUCAAUCAAAUAUUAUAUUCUACAUAUGCCAAAUAUCCUAUAUUCAAUCAAGGUUUGAUUCAACAGAUAUUCUUAUCGAAUGAAAACUUAUUGACUAAUUCAAGUUUGUUGAGCAAUUUCUUCGAUUCGUUGAUCAAACCAUUGUUAAAUCAAGAUAUACCCAAUUUAGACACAUGUUUAUAUUUGGUUGUCAUACUUGAAAUCAUGCCGGUUUUAUUAUUAAUAGAUUCAGAUGUUGAUAUUAAUUUGUUGAAGAAUUUGAGAUUAAAUUUAGUUUUUUUGAUUAAUAAUUUUAAUUCAGAAUUGAAGAAAUUAAAUACUGAUAAGUUCCCAUUAUCCAAUUCUACAAUAUUUGUGAUUAUGAUAAAGAAGGUGAUUAAUUUAAGUGAUUUAUUAAUUACUUUUAUAAAAUUAUUAAAUAAUAAGAAAUCAAUGAUGGCUCAAGAUAUUGAAAAUUUCUUCAAACCAACCACCCGUGCCAUUCAACAACAACAGCUAAAACAUGAACAACUGGCUGGUUUGGAUUCUUCAGAACAAGAAGGGUUUUUCAAUUUUGGUAAUUUCCAAGAUUUCAGUUUUAGUUUUAGGAAUGAUAUACUUUCAAACGAUCUAGUAUAUUCCUUAAUUGGAUAUAAUUAUGAUCCAGUCACAAACAAACAACUAACUGGCUCGAUCCCAAUGACAUACAUAAAUGAAGAAAUCAACUUCCUUGAUGAAUUCUUCAGAGUUGACUUGUUAACAUUUUUAAAUUCAUCUGCUCCCCAAUCUCCUGUUGAAUCCGAAGAAUCAAAAGAAGGUCCAGUAUUAUCAGAGACUGAAUUAUCGAGAUUAGUUCAAUUAUUCAAAUUGAUACAUGAGAAGUUAUUAGACUCGGUAUAUAAGACAAAAUAUCCAAUUAUGGUAUAUAACAACUACAUUACUUAUAUUUUGAAUGAUAUUCUCAAGUAUAUCUUCUUGAAACAACAACAACAGCUGCAAUCAUCUCAUAUGUCUGAAGAAUCGAAUGGGAAUAACAAUAGUAGUUUUGGAAAUUGGUGGGUUUUCAAUUCUUUUGUUCAAGAAUAUAUGAGUUUAUUAGGUGAAGUUGUGGGCUUACAUGAUUCAGUUUAG